GUUGAUGAGCAGUGGAGCGUGGCUGGGCCGGUUCUUCCUGAAGUCCACGAUCAUCUCCUUCGUCUUGUCAAGACAGGUUAGUUUUAUAAACUACAGGAAAGUAAUUGUUAGGACUGAUAUUGAUACCCGAUAGUAACAUCGGUGCCAGAUUUACUAAUAUUUUAUUUUAUAAUUUUUUAUCCAAUUACUCAAUUACUAAAAUAUUCGUUUACAACAGCCCUAAAAGAAACAGACAGGGGGACAUGUCCGUCCUGCAGCAGCAGAACCAGAACCGGGCCUGGACUCCACAGUUUGCUGUUAAAUCUUUUCUGUGACAUUUUCUCCUACUGCUCUCCAGCUGUGUUACCUGCAGCUUUCAGCUCACCUUGUUUUACUCCUUAGCUGCACCGAUCGUUAAAAAGCCUGAGCUACCGGUCCUGAUUUUGGCUCAUACCAAUUAUUUUUGCCUGACAUUUUACUGACUAAAGCAAGAAAGUGUGUGAGCUGGUAACAGUGGGGGGGGCAGACAUGAGCUGGUGGGCGGGGCUAGCAGGAAACCUCACAGGAGGAGGCCGACUGUUAGACCUGUGAUCAGGUGACAUGGAAGUAUCAGCUCAUCACUGAUCUCCCAAAAUUAAAGAAAUCGCUGCCGAUCGAUCGGCACACCCCUACUUUAUCUACAUUGUGCUAUUGGCUCUGUUGGUUGGUUCCUGAUGGUAUUUUCUGUUCUUGCAGUAGAGAAAACGCCCGACUCAGCGGUUUCUGCUGGCUGUGGGUCCGGUUCGCCUGCGGUUCUGAUCCUGCAGGUCGAGUUCAGAUUAGCGUCCCGGUGUAGCCUAGCUGACAUCACUUCCUGUCCUGCCGGUCCUGAUCGCUGCACGCUGACUCAGAACCAGGAGCGCUAUUAAACAGAACCGGCUGAAGCCGCAGUGUUUCCUCUGACGCUUUUAUGCACAUUUUGAGGUUUUGCAUUAGAAAUAACUUCCUCUGUUUCACAAUAACAAAGUUUUUGGUUCGCCUGAGGUUCUGAAAAAAGAAUCGACGCUGCAGCAGAGAGAAUAGAUUGACUCCAUCUUUGAGGCGUGUGCUACAUGCUAGUUAGCCACAUGGAAAAACGGCUCAUUUGCUUUUUUUGUAACAUUUUAGACGUUAAAAGUUUAAGGUUUCCUGAUAAUUAGAUGGAAACAUAAUGUUCAUAAUGGAGGAGGGGCCUAGUUAAAGUCUGGGCUUAAAACUGACUGUGAUGGUGCAGGAUGAGCUGCAGCAGGAAAAGCAUCUAGAGUCAGACUGGUUGAUUGAUUGAUUGAUGGUUGAUUGAUUGGUUUUUGUGGUUUUCGUGAUAAAUUGGAUCUUUGAAGCGUCUCAGGAGGCUGAGCCGCGCCGACGCUUCGCCUCAUUUCCUGGUUGCCUCUGCAGAGCGUGACCUAGAAAAUCUGCAGCCAGGUUCGAAGCUCAACGUUUCAUCCUGAGGAGCGCCUGAAACUGGGUCGGCCCGCGGGCCUCGUCAGCCGGGUCGCUGCGGUUUACAGAGGAGGAUCAAACGCUCUCAGGUGGUGACAUCACAGCGAGGCGCAUAAAACACCCGGCUGUUUACACCGGACCAUCAGAACCGGGCAGGACGCCGCAGACGCACAUCUCCAGCCUGACCUCCAGCUGAGCCCUGGGAACCCAGCAGAACAGAACCGGACCAAUCAGAGACAAACAGAACCAGCAUGUUUCCAGCAGCUAACAGCUCCAGAGUGACGGUCAUCGGUGCCAUUGUCAUGGUAACAAUGUUGAUGAUAGCGGAGGCAGCGUCGAAGCACCCCAGGAAACGCUCCGACGGCUCAGUGGAGCAAACCGUGUCUCUGCAACUGGACCCGGCCCUGCUGCUGCCCAGCAGGAACCCGCGGCCGCUGCACAACGCCUCCAUCUCGCCCUGGACCUACAAUACGUCCCAUGACGAGUCUCUGUUCCCGCCCACGCUGUCGGAGGCGCGCUGCCUGCUGAAGGGCUGCCUGGACCUGGAGGGGAAGGAGGACCAGAACCUGCAGUCCCGGCCCAUCUGGUACCAGGUGAUGGUUCUGAAGCGGGUCAGGACGGAGGGGGCGGAGCAUAGCUACCACUACCGCCUGGAAACCCGCAACGUCCCCGUGGGCUGCACCUGCGUCCGGCACAUGGUCCAUGUCCAGGAGUGAAACCGGGUCCAGAACCAGGUCCAGCAUCUCUGGUUCUGAGUCGCUGGCUUCUCUGAAGUUUUGCAUCAAAUUGUAUAAACUGACCACUAAGUCUGGCGUCAGGAGGCGUCCCGCCUCGUUGGUGCUUAUUUAAGUUUUAUUUAAUAGUUUGUGACCUUCAGCAGAUAUUUAUUAUUAUUACUGAUGUAUUUAUUAUCCAGAUCAAUAAAGUUCAGACACUGAA